GUUCAUCCUCAAACAAUACGUCUAUUAGAACUCUCUUGUCGAACGUCCUUCAACAGCGACACGAAAAACUGUAGGACACCAAAAUGCAUAUUGAUUUUAACAAAUUAGGCCCAGAAAACUGGCUGUAUGGCAUGCGAUGGAGGGAAGUUUCUCACCACAAAGGGAUGCAGGUUAUUUGGGCAUGCACACUGAUGGGGCUGAGUUUAGGAUCGUGGUACUUUGUCAGGCUUUGCACAAAAGCACCUGAUGUGACAUGGAGACACACCAGCAACCCCCAACCCUGGGAGAAGAUGCCACAGUCUGUGCAGUACAGAUUUUGGAGUCCAACAAUUGACUACAAGAAAAGGGGACUGUACCCUGAUAGUGAGAGACCCGACAUUGACCUCCGCCCAGCUACCAAUUAACUCUUGAAAAUGUUUGUCUGUAGGUCAAUAUCAGAUCCAGAGAUUGUCCAAGGAAAUAACUAGCAGACCUUUGAUAUUUUGUUUACUAUCUUGAAAGCAGUGAUAUUAAAAGAAACUUCACUCAUGUUUUGAAUAGUGAUGAAUAAAUGUGUUUAUU